CGGCUCGGCGCGGCUCGGCGCGGCACAGCACGGCGUAGCCAGGCUCGGCCCGCCCGGGCUCUCCCUUGCCAUUGUCUGCCUGCGCGGCUAUUCCUGCUGCGGGUGGCGGGCGUGCGCGGCGGCUCGUGAUGCUGAAGGGCUCCGCGUCCCCUCCGAGGCAGUGGCAGCGGGCGCGGGCUCGAGCUCCGGGGCGCAGCCACCCCGCCGCCUGCUGAAAACUGAAACUUUGCGUCCCCGCCGCUCCCUCUCGUCCGCCUCCGCCCCGCCGCCCUCCAUGCGCUGAGCGGCCCCAUGGACGCCUUCAGCGCCGCCAAGGCCAAAAUGGGAGCGAAGAGCGGCGGCGAGGCGGCGGCGGCGGCGGGGUUGGCCGCUCCUCAGCCCGCCGCCACGGCCCCUAGCCCCGCCGGCCCCGGCUCGACCUCGGCGCCCGAGCCCGCCGCCUACAAGCUGGAGGACCUGGAGACGCUAGCCACCGUGGGCACAGGUACAUUUGGACGUGUUCACCUGGUGAAGGAAAAAAUGGGAAAACAUUACUUUGCACUGAAAGUAAUGAGCAUUCCAGAUGUCAUUCGACUGAAGCAAGAGCAGCACGUGCACAAUGAAAAGUCAGUUUUGAAAGAGGUCAAUCACCCAUUUUUGAUCAGAUUAUUCUGGACCUACCACGAUGAACGUUUUUUAUACAUGUUAAUGGAAUAUGUACCAGGAGGAGAACUUUUUAGUUACUUGCGCAACAUGGGGCGUUUCAACAACAGCACAGGACUGUUUUAUUCAACAGAAAUUAUUUGUGCAAUAGAAUACCUGCACUCCAAAGAAAUAGUUUACAGAGACUUAAAGCCUGAAAAUAUAUUACUAGACAAAGAAGGACAUAUCAAGCUUACUGAUUUUGGAUUUGCUAAAAAAUUGGUGGAUAGAACAUGGACGCUUUGUGGCACUCCUGAAUACCUUGCACCAGAAGUCAUACAAAGCAAAGGUCAUGGGAGAGCUGUGGAUUGGUGGGCCUUGGGAAUUCUUAUAUUUGAGAUGUUGUCAGGGUUUCCUCCAUUUUUUGAUGACAAUCCAUUUGGCAUAUAUCAGAAGAUUCUUGCUGGCAAAAUAGAUUUCCCACGGCAUUUGGAUUUAUAUGUAAAAGACCUUAUUAAGAAGCUACUUGUGGUUGACAGGACAAGGCGAUUAGGAAAUAUGAAGAAUGGAGCAGAUGAUGUGAAGAGACAUCGAUGGUUCAGGUCUAUAGACUGGGAUGCUGUACCUCAAAGGAGACUAAAGCCUCCUAUCGUGCCGAAAGUAUCCAAUGAUGGAGAUACUUCCAAUUUUGAAGCUUAUCCUGAAGAUGACUGGAAUAAAAUGCCUCCAGUACCCCCUAAAGAUCUAGAAAUUUUCAAGAACUUCUGAAUGCAACAUCUACAAUGGACAAGAAACUGGAAAGAAAGUGAAGUGAAGAGCAAGUCUGAAGAAAAAAUUAAAUGAAUACAUAAAUGAAAACUUUCCUUGUGGAUGAGAAUUAUACUGCAUUCAGAUAUGCAAAUGAGAAUAUAAUGAAUAUCUAAGGAGUUGGAGGCAGGCAAGAAUCAGUUUUGGCUGAAAACAUUUGGCAUUGGUUUAGUAAAUUGUAAUGUUGGCAGUCUACUCUGAAGUAGACUUGAGUAAAGUGAAAUAUUUUAGGAUUUUUUUUUUUAACUUAUGGUUUAGUUAAGUUUCCUGCUAUUCCCAGAUCCUUUUUGCAUAAUUAACUCAUAGAUUUAAUUUUAUAAGUUUAUACUAAACUUGUGUAAUUAAAAGCACAAAUUAGUAUAUAUGUAUAUAAUGAAUACAAUACAACUAAAGCACAGGAACUGUGCAAAGAUGUAAAUUUUUGUACUUUGCAGAGUCUAUGAUUUUUAUUUUUCAAAUAAUGUUUUUCAAGAAGUUCUCUAGGGAAAAAAAAGUCUUAAAAGGAUAAAUGAGUUUUUCAUCAUCUUAUAUACAUUUUAUAAUUCUUUGUAAAAAUAAAAAAUAAUUAAGUUUUAAAUAAGAUUUGUACCUAAAAUUUCCAAUGCCUCAUACUUGCAACCAUAGUACUUGAAAGCAGAAAGACAAGGGCAUGUUUUAUUGUUGAUUAAGAUACAUCUUAAUGGUUAAUUUAUGAAAUUCUGUUACACUGAUGUCUCUACAAACCAAGAUAUUGAGUGAUGACGUGCUGUCUGAAAUGUGAUUCCUCUUGUGACAACUCUCUAUAGACAUUCAGUUCAGUGCAUACUGGUAUAAGGGCUAUAACUGGCUCUUACAGGAGUUGUUCUCUCUCUUAGCUUGCUAUUUUCUCUAAAUCUAGAGCAUGACUGUAACAGACUUUCUUCAUUAUUGGCAUAGUUGUUGUUGAAUAUUUGGAGCUUCUAACUAUCAGAGGGAACACUAAAUAUAUGUUAGAGCCUGCUUUUUCUGCUCCUGCUUUUGGAAAUAACCUGAAGUCUCCACUGCCAGGAAUUCUGUAUGUACAGUGUUCAAGCCUUAGAUCUGAGGAAUAUCUUUAAAACUGUGUGACAGCUUUCUGAAAUCUUAAAUACAUUGAAUUUAGGAAGUAUUCACAAUACUGUUUCAUUUUAAGUAGUACCAAGUAUCUGUAUGUGCAUUUGUAUUUCUCUCCUAUAGGAGUACGCAUAAACACAAAUUCAGGAUUGUUUUGGUCUUUGUUUUGGUCUUUCUCAUGUUUCAUAUUGUGAUGUUUGUUUUAAUAUAGGGGAAACUGAGUGCUUUGAUUUCAAAAAGUAAAUACUUCUUUGGUUUUAGAUAACUUUUAGGGAAAUCAUAUUUAGAUCAAAAGUUUUUGUUUCGGAAGCACAUCAGCUUACUGAAGUUGUACCACUAUGACUGAUGGCUCUACAUAAAACUGUCUCUGUAGAUCUUACAGACUGCUUUCCCUACAAAGAGUUCUCCACAUUUUUAUUAAUCUAAAAUGCCAUAAAAAUGGAGGCCAAAGAUUCAUUUUUCUGAACUAAAUUCUGUGUGCUUACUAUACAGGCAUUCUAGUAAUUGCAAAUUAAAUUACUGUCUUUAUAAAUUUAUGACAGAUCUACAGCUGGUCUGUCCUGGUGGAAAAAUUUCUUCAGUUCUCUUUUGUUGAACUCUAAACAAUGCAGAGGUGUGGUAAAAUAGUAAAUGAACUUUGAAAGCUUGCAAUUUCUAGUUUAUUAGAUCUCUAUAAAACAAAUUAAUUUUUAGAGACUGUAUGACUUUUUGCAGAAAUACAAUAUGUAAUAAAGUUACGCUUCUUCAAAGAGGUAAUUCUGGAUUAUUACAAAUAUUAAAAAGUGCUGCAAGUUGAUUGCCCCAGCUGAAAAUCAGUGAAAACUAUAUAGGAAUACAUAAUAAGGAGAAAAUCCAUGGAAAAUUAUCCUUUUAACAUGGUAAAAAUACCUCAUUCUCUUGAAAAAUGAGUCUAGACUUCUGUAUUUGUAUCCGUGGAGUGAGUUAUUCCAAAUCAGCUGGAGAAACUGAAGUACAUAAAAGAGCUUACUUUGUCUAAGGGAGGAGGAAGCACAGUUUAUUUUUUAACGUGCAAGUUCCAGUAUUUUUUUGAAUCCUAAGUACUACAAAAACAGCAUGAUUUUGGUUUUUUUUCUUUCAAAUUUAAAAACUGCACUGCGUUUAAGUCUUCAGAACUGAGUAAAUGGAGUUUGAAAUUGCAUUGGACUAAUUUGCUACAUUGGUGGUCAGAAGUUUUGAAAGGCUGAACAGAAAAAAUGGAUUUUCUUUCUUACCCAUUCGUACUCAUUCACGUACCCAUUGCUGGCAGUGGAUGCACUGGCACUCACUAUGAUAGAGACUAAAGCAGUGAAUACAGUCUGCUUUAUAGUACUAAUCCACCGACUUCACAUUGUUUCCAGAGCCAUGUGUACUUAUACCUAACUACUGACCUCGUCAACAUGCUUUCUAGUACAAAGCUACCUUCAGAAUUUUUUGAAUUAAAAUCCUUAAUAAGAAACCUUUUUGAAACAUUAUUAUAAAAGACCAGUUGUUUUCUCUACAGUCUUCAACUUACUGAACUGUUACUAUACAUGCCCAUUUUAUUUAUUUGCACAAGUGAGUUGGUUUUAUUUUAAGUCUUUGCUGGGACUUCAUGGACCACUAACGAACACAGUUCUGAGUGCUGAAGCAGAUGUUUCCAGAUACACACUGCUCUAAGGACUCUGGAUUUAUUUUAUUGUUUCUUAAGCAAGCUAGAACACUUUGGUUUUUCCUUCCUCCUCUAUUCUGAAGUUCAUUUUGUUGUGGUUGCUUCUGUUAACAUAUAUUUUUGCAUAUAGACUGUUGCAUAAGGACUGUUUUCUUGCAAGAGCCCAUAGGCCUUUCAUAUUCUGCUUUGGCAAACAAGAAUGUUAAACAUUAAAAAGCAAUCUUUAUUUUUGAGUUUUAUAUAUAUAUAUUUUUAAUUGCCCGAUUUGAGGUUUUAAGUGAUAAACGUGCAUUGUAAACUUAAUUGCCUUGUAACCAAAUAAUAAAAAUGCUUCAUGAUUUAAAUGGAGAACAUGCUGUAGAUUUUCCUGUAAAUUAGCUUGAUCAAUGAAUAUGUGUGCUACUGAGCUUUAACUAAUGUGAUCUUCCACUGUAAAAAAUCAUUGUUAAUUGAUCAAAAUAUAGGUACUGAACUAUGUUUAAAUAGAUCAACAGGGAUUUUGCAGGUUUGAAAGCAAUGAAGAUAUGGCUGUUCCUCAGCCCAUCUGCUUGCCAUUCAGAAGAGUUGUGAUGCAGUGCUUCCUAUGCUAUAGAGUUAUUUUUCAGCUUUCAAUGACUGUAGCAUGAUUCCUUUUCGUACUGUACUGUGUACAGACUUGCCAUGUUUUGCACUUUUCUAUGGCAAACCUAACUGCUUUAUAAAUACUCUGUUGUGUCGUAGGUAGUGUUAGCAAUAGCAGGCAUUUGUGUAGUACAUGACCAGUUUGAACUGCUAGAUUUGCGAGGUGAGCUUGGACUAAUGUUGUAUGUUGCUGGUUGCUUGUUGUAGCUCACGUGUAAGUACUGUUCAAAGUUACAAAGUCAGCCCUCAUUGCACAAUGAAAAUCACUGUGAUCUGUACAUAAACCCCAGUAAAAUUUUAUUGCUGCUUAAUUUAUGUAAUAUCUGUCAAAUCUGGAUUCAUUUAAUAAACCUUUAUAACUUUUUGAAUGUUUAAA